UUCUCCGCUUGCCCGUGUAGUGUGAGUCUGUCUGUCUUUUGCAAUGUCAGGCCGUGGGAAGCAAGGUGGAAAGGCUCGCGCUAAGGCCAAGUCCCGUUCGUCUCGGGCCGGUCUGCAGUUCCCGGUGGGCCGCGUCCACCGGCUGCUGCGCAAGGGCAACUACGCGGAGCGGGUGGGGGCGGGCGCGCCCGUCUACCUGGCCGCCGUGCUCGAGUACCUGACGGCCGAGAUCCUGGAGCUGGCGGGCAACGCGGCCCGCGACAACAAGAAGACCCGCAUCAUCCCGCGGCACCUGCAGCUGGCCAUCCGCAACGACGAGGAGCUCAACAAGCUGCUGGGCAAGGUCACCAUCGCUCAGGGCGGCGUCCUGCCCAACAUCCAGGCCGUGCUGCUCCCCAAGAAGACGGAGAGUCACAAAGCUAAGGGCAAGUAAAUCAAUUCUGCUCGUCAGCAAGCGCCCGGAUAACAACCACCAAAGACCCAAAAAAGGCUCUUUUCAGAGCCACCCACAACCAUCAAAAGAAGGGCUUGUUUCGCUCUUUUCUGUGUAAAAGUAUCUCGUCCGUUUUCACCAUUAAAUUAUUAAACGAUUAUACAAUACCA